CGCUCGUCUUGUCUCUGAGCAGCCUCAAAACUGUUUUGCCUCGCUUACAAACCCUAUCCUCGUAUACAUUAUUUUUUUCUUCCCUCCAAUCCCCUCCCUCUUCUCUUUUUUGUCGCGAACGAUAGCGUCCGCAACAAAGAACAGCCUCGCCUCCGCUCGAAUCUUCGUCGGUCUUCCACGCUGUCUCGACCGUCGCCGUAAAGCCUCGCUGCUCCAGCUCUGAUCAAUUACUGCUACCCGACAGUCUAACGUCCAUCAAUGUGUGCAUUCAAGGUCCAAAGCUUCCGCACCUCUUCCUCCUCUUCGACCUUCACACAACAACGCAGACCAGACCCACGAAACGAACUGCAGCCGCCGCCUUGACGCCUCCACGCGGCUCUCCGACUCCUCUUUCUCUCCCCUCCUCCUAACCCUCUCACCUAACCCGCCCUUCCGGUGUCAUCGGCCAUCUGACACCAGCCCCAUUCACAUACUCAAUGGCUUCGUACGCACACUAUCCUUCGGCGCAAACAGCUUAUGCGCCACCCUACGACCGCGCUCCUCCAUAUAACCCAUCAUCGCCGCGAUACUCCAUGUACGCUUCUGCAGGAACCCCGAGCCCACGCGGUUCGGCCAAGAUUAACCACGCUCGACGGGCCAGCCAUGCACCACCGGGCUUUGGCUCGGCCAGCAGAGUGCCGCCAAAUCUUUAUCCAGAAUAUCACUACGCAACGCCGUCGCCCCGCGACCGCCGCCAGACUACCUUUGUGCCCGGCACCUCGCGCAGGGAAGAAUAUGUAAGUGCUUUCAAUUCUACUCGGGGUCCGACUCGAAGUUAUCGAGCACCCGCAUAUGGCACACAACACCACCGCUCCUCUUCCACAAAAUAUGCGCAACGCGAGAAGGUAGACCCUCGACGUCGUUACUCGCACUGGCACUAUGUCUUUGUCGAUGACGGCUACGACUACCGCGACGCUCCGCCGCCCUACACCACGACCUACGAAUUCUUUGAUGGGUACGGAGGCACUGAUCACGACUAUUACUACGGUCAGGCCCCCGCGUACGAGCCAGUCCAAGCAGAGCCGACGCCUCUCAAAGCAAACCAGUCGCGACCUCGCCGCGCCUCGCAGGCGACCCGUCCGUCGCCAACCCCGCCGAAAAAGCCGGUCAAGACCGAGAAGACUGUACGCAAGGCAACCGCCGAGGACGCGGCGCGCGCAGGCAUCCCCGCCGGCUAUUCCUACAAGAAUUGGGACCCCAGCGAGGAGCCAAUCACGCUCCUCGGCAGCGUCUUUGACGCAAAUUCUUUGGGCAAAUGGAUCUAUGACUGGACUGUGUACUCGCACGGUCCAGCCACGCCACUUUCGGACAUGGCAGGUGACCUUUGGCUCCUGCUCAUCCAACUCGCAGGCAAGAUCAAGCGUGCCGACGAGACCAUCGACAAGGUUCGCCAGGAGGAGAACCGGGAGCUGGUCGAGGACUUCCUAGAGUCCGGAGAGCGCCUGUGGGUGCGCCUCAAGAAAUUGCUCAAGAUCUGCGAAGAAUACAUGUGGCAGGCCGCCAAGGACGACAACGGCGGCAAGAAGCCCGUAACCAUGGGCAAGAACAGCGGCUGCGAGUUCGUCGACUCCAUCUUUGGUCGCGACAGAGAGCUUGACAAGACUGAGAAACUUAUGUCUGCCAUCCGUCUGUGGAGCAUGCGUUUUGACGCAAACUGCGACGAGAUCCUGCGCAACCCAACCUUGUAGGACUCGCCUCCCACCACUCAUCAUAACGUCCAGCACCAUCCAACGACACGUCUUCCUCCUGGGACUGCUGCCUGCGCUCUUGUCCGAUCGUCGAUUUGCCUCACCUCAUUUCUUUCUUGGAGCUGGCUCCCAGAGACUUCCAACGCAACAUCCACGUUCUACGAUGGCCAGUCUUCGACCGGAGUCGACACAACAGCGAUGAGUCAUUCGUUGACUCUUGAGCGUUUUUUUAAUUACGCUCACGUUCGCACAGCCACAUUACACAACCGCGGUGAAUUUUCCAUUUCCUCAAUCGGAGUUAAUCGGAGACGUCAUUUUCUCGACUUUCUUCCUCUCGCGAUGAUACCCCGUGUCACCAAUACUGCUGCAAUUCCACUUGCAUUGCAUUUACAUGGAAAACUCUUUUGGUGAUCGAAUCUCACUUUGUUUAUCGCAUUUUCCUUCCUCUUUUCUCUGCACACAGCGAUGGAACUGUAAAAGUAGCACCAGGGUUAGCAGGGAAUUUGUUUUCACGAUGACGAAGGGCACAAAAAAAACAACUUGGAAGAGGAGGAAAAGCAAUUUGCAUUGGUGUUUGUCUUCUGUUUUUCUCGGCUUUCUUUCAUGCACAGCACACACUCUGGCAACGGGAGAAGGCGCACAGCACAAUUUCUAGCGGGUACGAUCUUACGUUCAAGCAAUUUCCAUGGCUUUCCUUACGUGGGCGGUCACCAAAAAGUUUGUACAACCAUUCCGAUCGAUAUACCCCUACACAGCGCUUUUUCAGUUCUUGGGCAUCUUUUUCUCAAAAUGGCAGGUUCAGCAGAUAAAUUCCUUUUGAUCUUUCUACAAUUCAUAGAGACUACAUAUGCUGGCGUGGUAUUGCGCGAGCAAAUUAGUUUUCUCUUUAAUGUAUCAUACACCUUUACAUAUCAAAUUUUGGGCCGGUAUUUAAUUUUCUUUUUUUUUAAAAAAAAGAAAAGAAUUUUUUUUUGUCG